GCAUCCGAGUGGAGGCGAUGACGGGCGUGCGGCCGCCCACCGCCAAGAAGCGCAGGGCGGAGGAGCGCGGCGGCGCUGGAGUUGCGUUCCAGGAGGCGGCGCCGGGGAGGAAGCUGCGGCUGGAGAGCGCGGCGGGCGACAUGCGCGGGGCGCUGGGCGCCGGGUGGGCGCUUGCUGCGCUGCUGCUGGCGGCGUCCAUGCUGAGCGCCGCGCUGCUGGCCCCUGGCGGCUCCCCAGAGCAGGGCGCUGAAGCCGAGCAGCAGCGAGAUUUAGACUUAGAUAAAAAAAGGCAUGUGGAGCUGAAGAUGGAUCAGGCUUUGCUACUCAUCCAUAAUGAACGACUGGGAACAAACUUGACUGUUUACUGGAAAUCGGAACGCUGUUACUGUUGCUUGUUUCAGUUUCUGGUAAAUGUUUCUCAGAGUGGGAAACCUGGGAAACCCAGCAUUGCAGCAGUCUCUGUCAGUACCCAGCACAAAUCUGUUCUACAAAUUAAUGAUACCCUGGAAGAGAAAGAAGUUUGUAGGCUGGAAUACAAAUUUGGAGAAUUUGGAAACUAUUCUGUCUUGGUAAAGGACACUUACAAUGGAGUCAGUGAAAUUGCGUGUGACCUAGUUGUUAAUAAGAAUCCAGUUGACAGUGACCUUUCUGUGAGUAUUGCGUUCCUUAUUGGUCUGUCCCUCGUCAUUGCAAUAUCCUUCCUAAGGCUGUUGCUGAGUUUGGAUGACUUCAGUAAUUGGAUUUCUAAGGCAAUAAAUUCUCGAGAAACUGAUCGCCUCAUCAAUUCUGAGCUGGGGUCCCCAAGCAGGGCAGACCCUCUUAGUGGUGAUAUCCAACCAGAAAUGUGGCGCCAGGUGGGCUCGCCAUACCGUCUCCGUUGUGUGGACACAUUCAGGGGGCUAGCUCUCAUACUCAUGGUUUUUGUUAAUUACGGAGGAGGAAAAUAUUGGUACUUCAAACAUUCGAGUUGGAAUGGACUGACAGUGGCUGACCUUGUGUUCCCAUGGUUUGUAUUUAUUAUGGGAUCUUCAAUUUUUCUAUCAAUGACUUCUAUACUGCAGCGAGGAUGUUCAAAAUUCAAAUUGCUGGGGAAAAUUGCAUGGAGGAGUUUCCUGUUAAUCUAUAUAGGAAUUUUCAUCGUGAAUCCCAAUUAUUGUCUUGGUCCAUUGUCUUGGGAUAAGGUGCGAAUUCCUGGUGUCCUGCAGCGGUUGGGAGUAACUUACUUUGUGGUUGCUGUGUUGGAGCUCCUCUUUGCUAAACCCAUGCUUGAAAAUUGUGUUUUGGAGAGAAGCUGCCCUUUUCUUCGAGACAUCACUGCCAGCUGGCCCCAGUGGCUCUUCAUUCUGAUUCUGGAAAGCAUUUGGCUGGGCUUAACGUUCUUAUUACCAGUUCCUGGGUGCCCUACUGGAUAUCUUGGCCCUGGUGGUAUUGGAGAUUUUGGGAAAUAUCCAAAUUGUACAGGAGGAGCUGCUGGCUACAUUGAUCGCCUGCUUCUGGGAGAUGAUCAUCUUUACCAGCACCCUUCUUCCACAGUCCUUUAUCACACUAAGGUGGCCUACGAUCCAGAAGGAAUCUUAGGAACCAUCAAUUCCAUUGUGAUGGCAUUUUUAGGAGUUCAGGCAGGAAAAAUACUAUUGUAUUACAAAGAUCAGACCAAAGACAUCCUCAUCCGAUUCACUGUCUGGUGUUUUAUUUUAGUAAGUAACGGACAUUCCUUAUUAAGGAAUGGGAUUGGGCUGGGAUUGUGGCUCAGAGAUAGAACACUUGUUCUUCGAUACACCCUGGAGAAAGAAGUGGAAUGCGUGAAGCCUGACACUGCACAAGAAUCUGGGUCCUAG